GAAGACGACGGUUUAUAUAUUGGUUCUUGUGAAGAAUCUGUCGGAACCUUGAUCAAGAAAGCAGCCCUUAACUCAUACAAUGAUUAUCAUAACCUGGACUAUGACGAGAAAUCCAUUGUUGCUUUGGGUCUCAAUUCUAUCAUCGACUUGUCACAUUUUUCUACUCCUCAAAAACGCCUUUUUUCCGAUAGUGACUGGAACGUCUUGCGCAGUAAAUAU